GAACCACCCACCCUAUUUCACAGGAUCUUUCUAUCCGCAACAAUGGUCUCGCGUCUUGCUAAGAGCGCCAUUGGCGCCGCCCGGCUGCGGCCCUCCGUUACCGCCCGUGUCCCUGCCAUCACUGCCCUGACCUCGACCCGCGCGGCCUCCAGUGUGCCCGCCGAGGAGCCCGCUAAGAAGGCUCAGUCGAUCCUCGAUGCUGUUCCCGGCAACUCUCUGGUGUCCAAGACCGCUACCCUGUCCGCCGCCGCCGGUCUGUCCAUUGCCGCCAUCAGCAACGAGCUCUACGUGAUGAACGAGGAGACCGUCGCCGCUUUCUGUCUGCUCUCCGUCUUCACUGCCGUUGCCAAGUACGGUGGUCCCGCCUACGGCGAGUGGGCCAAGGGCCAGGUCCAGAAGCACAAGGAUAUCCUGAACGCUGCCCGUGCCGACCACACCAACGCUGUCCAGCAGCGCAUUGACAACGUCAAGGAGAUGUCCGGUGUUGUCGAGGUCACCAAGCAGCUCUUCGCUGUUUCCAAGGAGACCGCCCAGCUCGAGGCUCAGGCCUACGAGCUCGAGCAGCGCACCGCUCUUGCUGCCGAGGCCAAGACCGUCCUCGACUCCUGGGUCCGCUACGAGGGCCAGGUCAAGCAGCGCCAGCAGCGUGAGCUUGCCGAGUCCAUCAUUGGCAAGAUCCAGAAGGAGCUCGAGAACCCCAAGGUUCUGCAGCAGAUUCUCCAGCAGAGCGUUGCUGAUGUUGAGCGCAUCAUGGCGUCCAAGGCCUAAUUGGAUAGACUCUGAUGGCUCCCUCGGCGAAUGCCAAUGUGUACAAAACUAUAGGGGUCAUUUGCAUCUGCUAAGUUAGAAUUGCAAUACCAUUUCUUUUAUCGACCUAGCUUUAUCUCUUGGUUGUGAAGCCCUA